UGUAUCAGAGAGUAGGAGACAAUCCCUGAGCAAGAGCUGCUUGUAAAUUUCAAUUGUAGGAUCUAGCAAACUAACAGGCCCCUUACCCAAACCAUCAACUUUCUUGCUCAGCAGUUCUACCAUUAUUUGCUCCGGGAUUUUUCUUUUGUCACUUACAAACCCAUCAAGCCUGUUUUCUGGACUGCUGGUAGUGAGAAGAGAGCUCUUUUUCGAGUGCUGCUAAACUCCCCAUCCCCGCAAGUGAAAGGAUCCUCUUCUGUAUUUCUCUUUUCCUUGCAGGACUUUGGGACUCAUUGAUGCACCCAUUUCAGUGGUGUAACGGAUGCUUCUGUGGUUUGGGGCUGAUUUAUACCAAUAAAUCGUGCACAAUGCCUCCCAUCACCUUCCAGGAUCUACCGCUGAAUAUCUACAUGGUCAUUUUUGGCACCGGCAUCUUUGUCUUUGUGCUCAGCCUCAUCUUCUGCUGCUACUUCAUCAGCAAACUUCGGCAUCAGGCACAGAGUGAAAGAUUUGGAUACAAGGAGGUGGUCUUGAAAGGUGAUGCCAGGAAGUUAAAUUUGCAUGGGCAGACCUGUGCCGUCUGCCUGGAAGACUUUAAAGUGAAAGAUGAGCUGGGAGUGUUGCCAUGCCAACAUGCCUUCCACAGAAAGUGUUUAGUGAAAUGGCUGGAGGUUCGCUGCGUCUGUCCCAUGUGCAACAAGCCCAUCACAGGCCCCACGGAGCCCCACCAAGGCAUUGGGACACUCCUGGAUGAGCUGGUGUGAGGGCCUCUUUUCUCUCCCACGAAGCCAAACAGCCAUCCAGACAGACCAUUUCCUGGUGAUCUCUGCACUUAACCCCUCCACCCACCUCCCCUGGGGAUUGCUAAGCAGCCUGUGAUACCUCCUGCCAUGGGCAUAUGGCCCCCUCGUAACACCUGGGACAGAUCCACUGCCAUGAGUGCAGGAAAACAAGCUGCGUCCCCCGUGAAGCACACAGAGGAGGAGGUGUUGGCCCAACUCUGGGGUCAUUGAGACCUGAGUGUCAAACUGCUGAUGCAUGAAGGGCCUAGGAGACUUAAUUGUGCCCCUUCCUAGCUAAUCUUGCAGGGACGUCUGAUUUCUUGGCACCAGGCUUCUGAAACUGGAUAUUCCUUGCAGAGACCACCCAGUUCAGGGUGGGAAGCAAGACAACAGCCUCACCCCCAACCCCAUGGGGACUGUGGUUCAAACCCAUCUACCACUGCUGUUCUUAAUAGGUUUACUAUAACCCUCUUUCCAAACCCGAACUUACAUUUAGGGCCUUAACUCUUCCAUAGGUCCCUUGUAAAGGCCAAAGCUUUAGCUCUGCUACAGCCAGCCAGGUAUUGUCCCCUGACUGCUGGAACCACAGCGCCGAUUCUUAUCUAUGGCCCAUUGAUGGGAUCUCUUUGUCUUAAAAAAGAAUAGUCAGUGUUUACAUAGGGCCUGAACAAAAACACAAGCUGCAGAGGGCAUGUCAUAACUGAUUAGAUCCUGCUGGCAGAGCUGGACUGUUGCAAGAGUGGGAGCGGUGUUUAGGGAAUCACAGCGGAGGGGCAGGGGAAUGCCCCAUGUUGGACAUUAAUAUUCCUUUCUUGUAUCAGGCUAGCAAGACCUUUUAGCAGCUGGUGGAGAUAAUUUGGAGAUGUUUCAAAUACAAAGCAGGUUUUUCUUUUAAAUUAUUUUCAAUUUAAACUUGGAGGCUGUUUCUUUUUUUUUUUUUUUAAAGUCACCUCUCAGAAUUUCCUUCCAGCUCAGAGACUGUGCAAAUCAGUAAAACCACUCUGAGAUAUUCUGUUUUGUACCUUGAAAGUGAACUGUCACUGUCUGCAUAAGGCAGAAAGUUUGGGGAGGAGGAGCUGAUGGGUGGAAAAUCCAGUCUGGAUUCCCCCACCUCCUCCCUACUAUGUUGCACUGUAAAUAAUAUUUUUGUAUGUAUUACUUUCCUGACUGUCUCAGGCUUCCUACACACCCCUGAGGAUGGGGGAUGUACAGUUUUAUGUAAAACAAUAAUUAAACUGAAGGCAUCUUAGUCUAAAUUGUGAAUGUUUGUUUCUCAAGGGGUGUCUACCAGUAAAUUCUCAAAGCACAAAGAAAUGUAUUUUCUUAGGACACACAAAGAUGUGUGAUUGGAGGGUGCUCCAAAAACAUUCACAUUGGAACUGGAACUAAGCCUAGGAAUAUUUCACAGUGUUGAGGGAAUCAAAUUAAGAAGUUGGAAUGGAGCAGAGAGUGAUCAGCACAAGAAACCGGGAAUCAGGGUUCAUGGGUUCUGUUUCUAGCUUUACCUCUGACUACUAGAUCUUGGGCAAUCCAUAACCUUUCUGUGUCUGUUUCUUCUUCUGUAAACUGGCAAUAAUACUUAUCUCACAGGGGCACAUGAAGUACAAUUUGUUAAUUGCAUUGAGUUUGCAGAUGGGAGGUGCUUUAGCAAAGCCAAGUAUUAUCCUCCUGUAUUUUAUUGGUUUUGGUGGUUGUAGCAACAGGGGUAAGUAACAAUAAGGUACACUGCUGUAGGGCUCUUGAUGUAUUUACCAUCAUGUCAUAUAGAUCUGCUCUAAGCAGUGUUAAAUGACAGUGAUCAACACACCCACAACCCGUUGUCUUCAGGAGCAGCCCCACACUAAUGAGCAACUGGUGGGGCUGCAUCAUGGCUGGUGGCACCGAACAUGGCUAGCAUGGUAGUUCAGAUAUUGAAAAUAAGUUAACAUCUAGAACUGGUCAGGAACUUUUUAAUGUUUUCACAAUCGUUUUCACAAAAAAAUCCCAAUUUGUCAAAACGAAAAUGGUUUGCAAAACUGUUGGGUUUGACAAGGCACCUGACUCAAAAAAAAAUUUUUUUUUUAAAUUGAGAUUAAUAAGGUCU